GAUGGAGUGGGACGGUGCUAAAAAGACAUAUUAUAACAUUUCGCGGCCCUGGAUGAUGUUGAAAGACGCUCAGCGAGGACCCACGAGACUUACAGUGAAUUGCCCAUUUGUUGAGCUAUGUUUAUGGAUCAUGUGAGUAAUAUAAACAGAAAGCACGUUUCUCCGCUCCGCGCGCUCUGAGCUGGAGUUGAGUUGGCAACAGGAGUCCACCUGUGUUUAAUCACAAAGGCACGAUACAUGCGACUUCACACCGAUCCAGCGCUGUGGACUGACGCUCAAAGUCUAACUGUUACAAGUGGAAGGAUGAACUGAGAAGUCGUGCUUCGGACUCCUAAAACUUGCGUGUGGUGAGAUAAAGGCAUACCUAUGUUUAUAAGAUGACACUCAACACACAGAAAGAGGGAAAGGAACCACUGAGGAGAAGAGCGAGCACUCCCAUCCCUUCCUCUCGUUUAGCGAGCCGGGGAGAUAGAGACCCCUCGGCUGACCCGUAUCACCCUCCGCUCGCCCAGUCAGCCUCUUACCACCCAGGAGACAAGAGCAUCCACUCACGGGCCGACUGGUCUUCAGACUCAGAGUCGGACAGCUCUGGAUCUGAGUCUCUUUAUCGUGUGGUUUUGUUGGGGGAUCACGGCGUGGGGAAGUCAAGCCUUGCCAACAUUUUUGCUGGAAUACAAGAGAAGGAUGCCCACAAACACAUUGGAGAGGAUACAUAUGAGAAAACCCUUACGGUGGAUGAGGAGGAGACGACCCUAGUCGUGAUGGACACGUGGGAAAAUGAAAAACAGGAGGAAGAUGAGAAGUGGGUGCAGGAUUACUGCAUGCAGGUGGGGAAUGCUUACAUCAUUGUUUACUCCAUCACCGACCGCAGCAGCUUUGAGAGCGCAUCGGAGUUACGAAUCCAGCUGCGGCGCAUCCGACAGGCUGAAAACAUUCCCAUCAUCCUUGUGGGAAACAAAAGUGACUUAGUGCGCUCUCGAGAGGUGGCAGUGGAAGAGGGUCGGGCUUGUGCCGUAGUGUUCGACUGCAAGUUCAUAGAAACCUCCGCCUCCCUCCACCACAAUGUUCAUGAGCUCUUUGAGGGCAUUGUGAGGCAGAUCCGACUGCGGCGAGACAGCAAAGAGAUCAAUGAGCGCCGACGCUCUGUCUACAAGCGAAAAGAGAGCAUCACCAAGAAGGCCAGACGCUUCCUGGAUCGACUGGCGGCCAAGAACAACAAGAAGAUGGCCAUGAAAGUGCGCUCUAAGUCCUGCCAUGACCUCGCAGUGCUCUGAACCCACAGAUCCCUCUCAUUCCUUGAACUUUCAUUUUUAUAUUCGAAAAGAGGAUUUGACUUUCUGACAAGUCCACUUUUGAAGCUGAACAUUAAUUCACAUUUUUAGUUUGUUUAUUCAUUCAUUCAAGUCAAACUAUUGUAUUAACCUUUUUUACUUAUUCCCCCGAAGACCUAUAGAUCAAAUGUUUGAUAGGCGUUUGAAUUAGACCAAAGGUUUAUUACUGUAUAUCACCAAUUAAGUGGACUUUUUUUUUAAUGAACAUUUUAUCAAUGUUUGCCUUAUCAGACUGAAUAGACAAUAGUUAGAAAUAAUUAACAAGCAAUAUUUAUUAUUCAUUGUUUUUCUUUUUAUUUUUUUUCUUAUAAAAUUAAUAAUUCACCUUGUUGUUUUUUUUAACAAAGGAUGUAUUUUGUAUACACUGAAAGUCAUUUGCUAUGAGAUGGGCACAGCCCAUUGGAGAAGUUAAAGGAGAGACAGCUGAGCCCAAUGGGGUU